AAAAAAUCGUCCGUCCGCACCCAAUCAUUUUUUCAUUUAUACUUUUUUUGGGUUCCUUUUAAGAACGAUCCUCAGCUUCGUCGGCACGUGACUCCGUCGUUCGUUUCUGUUCAACUGCCAAUCACCGACCUCCGGUCACGUGGCCACCCCUCAAUUUUGCUUUUCUCUACCUCCACUAUGAGAAAACCUCAAAUCUUAGAUUUCUAAAUUCUUAAUCUGAAUCUGAAUUUAGAUUUAGAUUUAAAUUUUAGGCAAUAUAUAUUUUUCGUUUUGGAGCUAUGGCGACGAGGAAACGAACGCUGAUAUUCAAGAAAUACAGGGAUGCCUUGAAGAGUGUUAGAAUUCCGGUGAGCUUGUCCGCAGCGACAAGCUCCGGUGCAGGACCUGUAAUUGAGAUGGUUAGUACUUCGUUGCUCCAUCCAAAACCGGUCUAUACUCCUCUACGUACCGAGGAUCCGUCUGCCUGUUGCAGUACGGGUGCAAUUACCGUCGGUCUACCACCAGCUUGGGUAGAUGUAUCUGAAGAAAUAGCAGCAAACGUGCAACGUGCACAGACAAAAAUGGCCGAGUUAGCCAAGGCUCAUGCAAAGGCUUUAAUGCCUUCAUUUGGUGAUGGUAAAGAAGAUCAUCAGAAUAUUGAGGCUCUUACUCAUGAGAUAACUAAUCUGUUGAAGCAAUCAGAGAAGAGAUUACGGAAACUCAAAGCUGGACCUUCUGAGGAUUCAAAUAUCAGGAAAAAUGUUCAGCGUUCACUUGCCACUGACCUCCAGAAGCUUUCAGUGGAGCUCCGGAGAAACAAUUCAACUUAUUUGAAGCGCCUCAGGCAGCAAAAAGAGGGUCAGGAUGGAGUUGAUCUAGAGAUGAAUCUAAAUGGAAAUAGAUCUAAAGCAGAAGAUGAUGACUUGGGUGAUAUGGUAUUCAAUGAGCAUCAAAUGGCAAAGCUAAAGCAAAGUGAGGCAUUCACAGUUGAGAGGGAAAGGGAGAUCCAACAGGUUGUGGAGUCAGUAAAUGAGGUUGCUCAGAUUAUGAAGGAUCUGUCAGUUCUUGUGAUUGAUCAGGGCACUAUUGUCGAUCGGAUAGACUACAACAUUCAGAAUGUUGCAACUACGGUGGAGGAAGGCCUCAAACAGCUACAGAAGGCGGAGAGAACACAGAAACAAGGAGGGAUGGUGAUGUGUGCUUCAGUGCUUGUUAUUAUGUGCUUUGUCAUGUUGGUCCUCCUAAUCCUCAAAGAGAUACUUUUUUGAUCUGCAGGCAUGGUUUUUUCCUGACCAUUUCCAUUUUGACCCGCGUUGUGGGCCCAUUACUUGACAUGUCGAGAGUCAACAAUUUCCUCGGCCAGCAUAAGAAUGUGGGAAUUUUGAAUUUCCCCAUAUACACAUACCACUUUAAAUAUUCAUGUUUACUUGUUUUCUUUCUCUUCGUUUUUCUCUUCUUGUCCCUUUUUGUUAAGGUUUUGGAGAAAAAGAGGGGGAAAGGCUGUUGUUUAACCAGGGUUUCGAUGCCCCAGGAUCUGUAUAGAGCUUAUAAUGGUUUUUUUUUUUUUCCUUCAGCAAGGAGCUGUAUUGAUUCGUUUGUAUUCCUUGGGAGAUAUCUAGCUGGUUCCCAUACGAGGAGAUGAGGCACUGCCUAUUUACUUGUAUCAAUUCUUUUGAUUUGAAAAAAAAAAUGACAAAUUCACAUUGUUAUAAUAUAUGAGACUCUGACAUUCUACGGAAUUUACCCCUUGAAUUUGUCAUGAUAAGAUUGCCUUGAUAAUUGAGCGUAAAAGGCCGAAUUCUCCUCUGGGGGGACUGCGUGAAGUCAAAACUCGUACAUUUUAUUGGAGCUUCCAGGAGAAAUGGCAACAACUUAAGCCAAUUCCUUUACAAUAAGUAGGAAUCCUUCUUGUUUCGCAUUUCCAGAAUCUAUCAGAGUUAACCAUACCUGCAGAGCAGAAUUAGCCCUAUAUCGUCCUCUUGUUUUAUCAUCAUCAUGGAGAUUUCAAUGACAAAGGGUGUCAUUCUGUGGAAAACAAAGGCAAUAUUCUCUUGCAGCAUUGUACAAUACUUUCUAGUGAACAGAACAAAUCAAACCUUUCUAUGGUGCUAGCUGUUCAAAUAAUAGAAGCUAAAGUCAUGGGAAAAAACAUACAUCCUUACACGGCUGAAGUAUAUGUCGGCCUGAAAUGG